AUGGACUUAAAUUUAUUAUAUCGAGAAUUUUCAGAAUACUUUGUAUGGUCAACAACAGAUAAAACAUGGACACGUCGUCAACGAGGAAGUGCUAUUGGUCGUGUGGUGACAUGUCAUCCAACUGAAGGGAAAAGAUACUAUCUUAGAUUGCUUCUAAUGAAUGUGAGAGGACCAAAAUCAUAUGAAGAUUUGCGAACUGUAAAUGGAGUAGAAUGUAAAACUUUUAGAGAAGCUGCAGAAAAAAAAGGAUUAUUAGUGUGUGAUAAUAAUUUGGUAGAAUGUAUGUCUGAAGCUGUAAGUUAUCAAAUGCCGUUCAGUUUAAGACAAUUAUUUGCUAUGAUAUUAAUAUAUUGUAAUCCAACUAAUCCAAGAGAACUAUGGGAAAAAUUUGAAAACCCAAUGUCUGAAGAUUCCAAAAAAAAUUCGAAUAUAGAUACAAGAGAAAUCCGUUACAAAGUGUUAAACCAUAUUAACAAUAUUCUUCAUUCAAUGGGCCGUGAUAUUAAUGAAUUUGAACUAAUUUCAGAAAUAAUAAAGGCAUCUGCAGCAGCAAAAGAAGCUAAAGAUGUUCAUUUCGAAAGAAAUAUCAUUGUUAGCGAAGAAGAUUUAAUGUUAGAAAACAAAUUAAACAUUGAUCAAAGAAGAGCUUACGAUAUGAUUCUUGACAGAAUAUUUUCAAAUAGACCAGGGGCAUUCUUUAUUGAUGGCCCCGGUGGAACUGGUAAAAGCUUUUUAUAUCGUGCUUUAUUAGCUACUGUGAGGCACAAAGGAUUUAUAGCUUUAGCAAUUGCAAGUUCCGGUGUUGCAGCUUCACUUCUUCCUGGAGGUCGAACUGCUCAUUCCCGCUUUAAAAUUCCUAUUGAUGUUAAUGAGAAUUUCAGCUGCAAUAUUAGUAAGCAAAGUUCAUUAGCAUCUUUAAUACGAGAUGCAAAACUAAUUGUAUGGGAUGAAAUUUCAAUGGCAAAAAAGGAAACGAUAGAAGCAUUCGAUUUGCUUUUAAGAGAUCUAAUGGAAACUAAUAUAAUAUUUGGUGGAAAGGUAGUUGUCUUCAGUGGUGAUUUUAGACAAACUCUUCCCGUAGUUCGUAGUGAAAAAAAGGAAGAUUUUAUUCGUGAAAGUUUAUUGUGCUCUGAAAUUUGGAAUCAACUUGAAAAAUUACAACUAUCAGAGAAUAUGCGUGCGAAAACAGAUCCUGCUUUUUGUGAAUAUUUAAUGAGAAUUGGUGAUGGAAAAGAAAGACAAAAUGCCUAUGAAAAAAUUGAAAUUCCUCAUUCUCUCAUUAUUCCUUUUACUUCUGAAAAAGAACCAUUGAAUAUGCUCUUCCGAGUUACUUAUCCUGAUUUAUACAAAUGUUAA